CAAGCUGUGGCCCGACUUCAGCAUGGCAACUAUUCGGAAAGCUUGUCGAAACUGCACAGCCUCUAAACGCAAAUGCACAGUCCAAGUUCCGCAGUGCAACCGCUGCUCAAAGAAGGGACUUCAAUGCGUAUACGAUCUCGAGCCUCUCAGCGCAUCGGCAGUCGAUAUAAAGAAAGACUCUAAAGCCGCCUCUAGUGCAUUCAAUGAUAUUGAGUUCGGUUAUUGCAUCAUGAAAACGUUGGCAUCUCUCCCUUCUAGUAACCCAGGAAUCUGCAAACAUGAAGAGACAUUUAUAUUGGACACAAUGCGUAUAGCUGUUCAAUCAGUUCACGAUCUUUUUCGCAAAGGCAAACCGGCUCUAUUCAUCCAUCCGGGGUUACAUAUACGGGGCAACCAUAACCAUUAUGCAAUGUUGACUAAGAACCAAGCUGGGAGUGUCAACCACCCGUGUUUCAAACAUCUGCUUGAAGUCGAUAUUAAAGCUGUACCAAUACUAGAAGCUCUCACUGCGGUUCAAGCCCUUCUAAUCCACAUGACAAUAUCCCUAUUCAGCUCGGAUUCAAUGGAACAAGCAAAUGCUGAAAGAUUCAUUGAUAUACUCUCUGUAUGGACUGAGACCUUGUUGAUAGAAGCGAAGCCCAAGCUACCUGCAGCUUUAUCUCCAUGGCAAACAUGGCUCUUUGGUGAAAGCGUUCGAAGGACUAUACUCAUGUCUCAUGGAGUGGUUCUGUUAUUUUUCAGCUUAAAGUACGGAUUUUGCUCAAACUGUCUUUUCAUGGAGUCACUCCCACUUGAUAGAAGGCUGGGUUUAUGAUUGGCCGAAUCGCCCCAGGCAUGGAUUGCUACCGCAGGAGCUAAGCUCGGCAAGGAGGUUGGGGAGCAGCUAAGCUCCUUGCAUGAAUUUGCACAAGGCCUCGACAUGACAAGUCCAGACUUUUCUGGGGAUGUUUUUCUCACUCUGAUUGCAAUUGGUCAUAAUGGGAGACACAUGAAUCAAACCAAGGGGACUUAAACUCGGUUGGGAGCUUUGCGCUACUAAACAACAUAGUACGCAAGCAUUUGUAAUUGAUGAAGAGAUGCAACUCAGCAUGCGGAACGAGAAGAAUUUCAUAAACUAGGUUUAGGACCCACGGAAGUAUAUAAGGCGCUAAUAUGUUCAUGGUCUCAGAAUUUAUGAUGCUACUUACUGCAUUCAGUUACAAUAUACCACCAUGUCCUGAG